UGACAUGGAAGAUAAGGACGGCUAGGGACUUACUCCUUUGUUGUCUACCACAGUCGGUGUCUGCGCCAGGGCGCUUCCUCGCGUGAUGAGAUUGUUCCUCAAAUAUGGAGCAGACCCCUACGCCACCAGUAACUCAGGCCAGGGAAUCUUUCACCAUAUUUCUGACCGACUUAGGAUCUGCAAUGUCUACAAAUUAGGCUCCGCAUGGUUGGAAGAGAUGACCGAAAUGAUUGUAUCGCUUCUUCAAAUAGGAUGCGACCCAAAUCUCCGAAACAUAUGGGGAGUUACGCCUUCGGACAUGAUGAAUUCAACAUCGUCCUGGACCCUUUGGUGCCAGUGUCUCGAGAAAGUUGGUUUCGAUGUCGCUCAGCUACUUCAGAAAGACGACGAAGCAGACGGUAUCGAGUGGCUAGACAACGAAAUAGACGAGAGGUACGAGACUGUUGUCAUAGAGCAUGGAGGCCUUGAGUUAAACGAAAGUGAAGAGCUGGAGGACCUUACGACCGAAGGAAGUUCAUCUCGACACCGCGGAAGCCACCGGGUGUGGCAGUGGUGGCUGGCACCGUUUUUCAUGUUCGCAGCCAUGCAUUUUGAAGCCGCUGUGGAUCCGUGCCACAUCCACGCCCGCUAUCAUUCCGAUGGGCGCCCUUGCACAAACUACGUUGUGAAAGAUAUGUGCGAGCAUAGCGAUCAUCAAGACAACCAAUAUCCCCCGAUUUUUUCUGCACGCGAGGUUAGCUGGAGGAAGCAUGUUGCAUACCGCUUAUGGAAGAAUGGACUGCUUGGAAACGCAUACGAAGCGUCAAAUGAAUGGCUCAAAUCUACUUACCCUUGGCUUUUUAUCGACUGGGAUCAGUAGGGCGGUUUACCUUCACUUUGGGAUGUUUCACUUGCUUAGUUGCCGGUUAGCUAUCUACUCAGCCCCUACUAUCUAUCUAUUGUAUUCACGCUUGUCCACUACCACCGCCUCCCCCUUUCAUCCCCUACCCCC